AUGGAACCGCUGACAUCGAUUAAGGAAGUUCAGCAGUUGACUGAACGGAUGGCGACCCUAGGGUGUUUUCUCUCCAAGUCAGCUGAGAGAAAGCUCCCAUUUUUAAGGACACUAAGGGCUGGGAAAAAGUUCGAGUGGACAGAACAAUGUCAGAAGUCAUUUGAAGCAUUAAAGGAGUACUUGAAAGAAGUUCCCCUAUUGACACGUCCAGAAACUAGAGAGACAUUGUACUUAUACUUGGGGAUAAGCGAAGAAGCAAUAAGUGCGAUAUUGAUUAGAAAAGAGGGACAGGUGGAUCGACCAAUAUACUAUGUCAUCAAGGUGUUACAAGGUCCAAAGACAUGCUACCCCUUUGCUGAAAAGGUGGCACUAGCUCUGCUAAAUGCCUCCAAAAAGUUGAGGUCAUACUUCCAAGCUCAUUCAAUUAUCGUACUGACAGACCAACCAUUGCGGAGUAUCUUGCAAAAGCCUGAAUGUUCCGGUCGCCUUACCAAAUGGUCCAUUGAACUGAGCGAGUAUGAUAUACAGUAUCAGCCCCGACAAGCCAUAAAGGGCUCACAGGGAAGCGAAGCUGGGAUAAUACUUGUACCCCCCGAGGGAGAAACAUUAGAAUAUUCUCUACGAUUUGCUUUCCCAAGCACUAACAAUGUGGCAGAGUACGAGGCAUUGAUUGCAGGAAUGAGAGAGCAGGUGAUGGCACAAUACUUGCGCAAGGUAAAAGACCUGGCACAUAUGUUUCAGAGUUUUCAAUUAAUGCAAAUAAAUCGAUCGCUCAAUGGACACGCUGAUGUUUUAACCAAACUAGCGUCCACUAAAGAAACGGCUGGGCGAACAGUAUUUGUUGAGCUACUUCAUCAAUCGAGCAUUGAGAAGAAAGAAGUGUCAUUUUUUGAAGCAAGAAUAGACUGGCGAAUGCCCCUCUACCAUUACCUAACCAGUAGUGAACUACCCAAUGAUUCACAAGAAGUAAGGAGACUUAAGAUACAGACUGCAAGAUUUACCAUUAUAGAUGGAGUAUUCUAUAAGCGGGUUUUCACUACACCUCUUCUCAAGUGUUUGGGUCCCCAAGAAGCUGAAUAUACUCUAGCAAAAACCCAUAGCAGGGUAUGUGGAGAACAUUUGGGAUCAAGAGCCUUGGCAACUACAGUCUUGCGGGAAGAGGCCUUGAUUCCCAUUGAAAUUUUAGCUAAGUCUCCAAGGCUGAUGGUGUAUGAGGAAGAGAACGGUGCGAGGAAUUCUGAAGCAUUGCGAGAAAAUUUGGAUUUGAUUGAGGAGCAAUGA